CUAACAAGGGUUCUGUGUGUUCUCGAACCCUAGGUGACGUUCUAUAACUUGAACCUGAUGGCGCAGAAGGUGCAGCUGUCUGGGGAAGACAUGGGUGCCAAGUAUGGGUACAGUCUUGCUGCAGGUGACCUAGACGCUGACGGUGCCCAUGACCUGGUAGUGGGCGCCCCACUGGCUCCAGGGCAACUUGGUGCCCCUGAUGCUGGCAAGAUAUAUGUAUACUACGCUCCUCUUAAAGAGCAUGUGUCACGCGCCACACUGAUCCUACGAGGUCAACACUCCUGGGGUCAUUUUGGACUAGCAGUGACCUGCCCUGGCGACCUGAACCAGGAUGGCUAUGAAGACGUGGUAGUUGGGGCACCAGAGGCAGCUGGUACAGCUGGUAUCAUCUACGUCUACAACGGUGGUGCAGAUGGCCUCACACCUCACCCAACACAGGUGAUCAGAGGUGGUGACAUCCCUGGUGGUGUUAGUGGCCUGGGCUUCAGCUUGUCCACUGGCUUGGAUAUAGACCUGAAUGGGUACCCGGACCUGGUGGCCGGGUCAGCCCUCUCUGACACUGCUGUUGUUAUCAGGACAUCUCCAGUGGUGACGCUGAUUGGAGAAGUGACCUUUGACCGCCUGAUCAUCUCUCUGGAGAACAAGACCUGUAUGGUGACUCCUCAGGGCAGUCAGGUGUCUGAGGAUGUUGCUUGCUUGAACGUCGUGAUCAACCUGCAGUACACCUCCAAGGUUACUGAUCAACUGGGUAAGUAUUCUUGUAUUACGACUUCCACUCUGUAUGUGUCUCCCACACAGCCGGGUCGUGUUCACCUACAGUCACCUGUCAGUAUGGUCGUCAGUGCUAGUCUUCAUCAGGUUACUCCUGAAGGUGUUCAAGAAGGUCUUUCCAGAGUCCCAAACACCCUGAACAUCCUGGGGGACACCACCUUCACGGCCCAUGCUCGUAUAGGCUGCGUGGAUGCUGCCUCCUGCUUCUCUAAGCCUGACCUGCAUCUCAGCGCCCGUGUUACGUCUGAGUUUACGGUUGGUGACGGGAAGUUGGUUGUAGAGGUGAUGGUUCACUCCAGGAACGACAGUGCUUACUCCGUGCAGCUGGUGCUGGGCUACCAACAGCAGCUGGUGUUCCAGAGGGUCUCUGGCUCCUCCUUGAUCCCCACCUGUAAGCCAGCUGACAGCAGCAAGGAUCAACGCAGCUAUUUGACCUGUAAAUUUACUUCAGAUUUCCACAAGGAAGAGCAGGUGACACUUAGAUUCCACUUGGAGUACACUCCGGAGAUCUUACUAAACCACAUGUUGACGUCUGGCGCACGUGAGGUCACCUUCUACUUAAAUGUGACCAGUGACAGUCGUGACCUGAACGACACUGACAAUACUUACUCCUUCACAAUUCCGGCCAAAACUCAGGUCAAUCUUCAAGUCACAGGGAUAUCGAACCCAGAGAGUGUGGAGGGUAGAGUGAACACGAGUGCCACUCUGAGUGAACUGUUUCCUGUGGAAGUCCCCACAGUCCCUGUGACUCUGGCUUCACCUCAGCACCUCGGUCCUCGCCUCAGUCACCAGUACUCCAUCACCAACAGCGGCCCGUCCCCAGUGCUAUCACUCAAGGUGCUGCUGCGUCUGCCUCUUCAACUGGGUACAGAUAUCCCUCUGCUGUACCUGCUGGAGUCUCUCCUCACCUCAGGUCCCAUCGCCUGCUCCUCUCCUCCCCUCAACCCUAAUGGCUUUAACUUCACAUCACAUCAUGGAAGGGAGGGGAGCGACGACAUGGAUGUCACCGGUGAUGUGGGGACUGUCAACGAGACUGCUGACACUGACCUCUCAAUGACAGAUAUAGUCAGCCACCCCCGGGGCAGACGACACAGAAGGCAGACUGACAACGACAAAGAUACUGAUGUUGUCUUUAAUAGAACUCGUAUGGAAGACAAGGGAGUCCUCAGUUGUCAACUGAUGUCCUGUGCAGAAGUCAUGUGUGAGGUACCGACGCUGAGGGCGGGCGAAGUGGUGACGGUGACGGUGUCUGGCUACGCUGUCGUUGCUUCUCUUAAGCUUCUCCGUAGAAGGUCAGUGUUGAUUAAGUCAUCACUGGAGGUGGAAGUGCAGGAUGCUCACUACUACGACCUCAUCAACAGUGACAUCAACAUUAUCACUGCCAGUACUCAGGUGGCAAUCAUCAGGAAAAAUGAGGUUGGCAGUAGGAAGUUCGGUUGGUGGCACUGGCUUCUCAUCCUCCUCAUCAGCUUCAUCAUAAUCAUUAUCAUCAUUAUUAUCCUGAAGAAGGUUGGCUUCUUCGAGAGGAAGAGAGUCCCCGGCACAGACACGGAAAUACUGACAGAAGGCGAUAAGAAUGAAAAGAAAGAUAAAGACGAGGAGGAAGAGGGACAAGAAAAAGAAGUUUAAGUAGAUUGAAGCCCUGAAGGAGGGAGGGAGAGAGGAGAGAGGGCACUGAAGAAGGAAAGAGUAAAAAGAACAACAGCAACAGGGCUUGGAGGAUAGAGAAGCAAUGGAGAAUUGAGGACGACAGAACGAUGAAGAGAUGCAGGAAGAACAACAGGAAUAACAGUGAAUAACAUUGAAGUGCAAGGAACAUUCUACUAGAUAAACUAGAAUUUCAGCUUGUAGCUCUCAUUAUUUCAAUCACUGCCUAGUCAUAGCACCAACCUGUCAAGCGUCUACGUUCACAUCUCUGUUUCAUGUUGGCGAAGUGGUUCACCUCUGCUUCUAGUUUAAUGAACGACUUGCUGAGAAUAGUUGUUUUACUAGAAGAGGAAGAACAACAUAGAUAGAGAGAAGCUUGUGUUGUGACAGUGUUCCAUUGACUUGCUAAUGAUCUACUCUCAGUGAAGUUGACUUGUUAAGCUCUACACUGAGGGAAAUAUUAUAAUAAUACCUUCUCUGUACCUGCUGUAUAGUGUUGUUGGUACCUGCUGUAUACAGUGUUGUUGGUACCUGCUGUAUACAGUGUUUCUGGUACCUGUUGUGUACAGUGUUGUUGGUGCCUGCUGUAUACAGUGUUGCUGGUACCUGUUGUGUACAGUGUUGUUGGUGCCUGCUGUAUACAGUGUUGCUGAUACCUGCUGUAUACAGUGUUGCUGGUACCUGUUGUGUACAGUGUUGCUGGUACCUGUUGUGUACAGUGUUGCUGGUACCUGCUGUAUACAGUGUUGCUGGUACCUGCUGUAUACAGUGUUGCUGGUACCUGUUGUGUACAGUGUUGCUGGUACCUGCUGUAUACAGUGUUGCUGGUACCUGCUGUAUACAGUGUUGCUGGUACCUGCUGUAUACAGUGUUGUUGGUACCUGCUGUAUACAAUGUUGUUGGUACCUGCUGUAUACAGUGUUGCUGGUACCUGCUGUAUACAGUGUUGCUGGUACCUGCUGUAUACAGUGUUGUUGGUACCUGCUGUAUACAGUGUUGCUGGUACCUGUUGUGUUACAGUGUUGCUGGUACCUGCUGUAUACAGUGUUGCUGUACCUGCUGUAUACAGUGUUGCUGGUACCUGCUGUAUACAGUGUUGCUGGUACCUGCUGUAUACAGUGUUGCUGGUACCUGCUGUAUACAGUGUUGCUGGUACCUGUUGUGUACAGUGUUGCUGGUACCUGCUGUAUACAGUGUUGCUGGUACCUGUUGUGUACAGUGUUGCUGGUACCUGCUGUAUACAGUGUUGCCGGUACCUGUUGUGUACAGUGUUGCUGGUACCUGCUACCAGUACCUCGGUACCUCACACAAUAGUCAUCCCUCACAUGUCAGAAAUCAUUAGGUUUAACUAAUAAUUAACUUCCUGUCCUUGGUAGUAUUAUUUACUUAAACUGUAUCAUUAAAGGUGCCUUACCCUAGUCUACGAUUGUAGGUCUAUGAUUGUACGUCUAUGAUUGUACGUCUACGAUUGUAGGUCUAUGAUGUACGUCUAUGAUUGUACGUCUACGAUUGUAGGUCUAUGAUGUACGUCUAUGAUUGUACGUCUACGAUUGUAGGUCUAUGAUGUACGUCUAUGAUUGUACGUCUACGAUUGUAGGUCUAUGAUUGUACGUCUAUGAUUGUACGUCUAUGAUUGUACGUCUAUGAUUGUAGGUCUAUGAUUGUACGUCUACGAUUGUAGGUCUACGAUUGUAGGUCUAUGAUUGUACGUCUACGAUUGUAGGUCUAUGAUUGUACUUCUAUGAUUGUACGUCUACGAUUGUAGGUCUACGAUUGUAGGUCUAUGAUUGUACGUCUACGAUUGUAGGUCUAUGAUUGUACGUCUAUGAUUCUACGUCUAUGAUUGUACGUCUACGAUUGUAUGUCUAUGAUUGUACGUCUACGAUUGUACGUCUAUGAUUGUAGGUCUAUGAUUGUACGUCUACGAUUGUAGGUCUACGAUUGUAGGUCUAUGAUUGUACGUCUACGAUUGUAGGUCUAUGAUUGUACGUCUAUGAUUGUGCGUCUACGAUUGUAGGUCUAUGAUUGUAGGUCUAUGAUUGUAGGUCUAUGAUUGUAGGUCUAUGAUUGUACGUCUAUGAUUGUACGUCUAUGAUUGUACGUCUACGAUUGUAGGUCUAUGAUUGUACGUCUACGAUUGUAGGUCUAUGAUUGUACGUCUACGAUUGUACGUCUAUGAUUGUACGUCUACGAUUGUAGGUCUAUGAUUGUACGUCUAUGAUUGUAGGUCUAUGAUUGUACGUCUACGAUUGUAGGUCUAUGAUUGUACGUCAAUGAUUGUAGGUCUAUGAUUGUACGUCUACGAUUGUAGGUCUAUAAUUGUACGUCUACGAUUGUAGGUCUAUGAUUGUACGCCUACGAUUGUAGGUCUAUGAUUGUACGCCUACGAUUGUAGGUCUAUGAUUGUACGUCUAUGAUUGUAGGUCUAUGAUUGUACGUCUACGAUUGUAGGUCUAUGAUUGUACGUCUACGAUUGUAGGUCUAUGAUUGUACGUCUACGAUUGUAGGUCUAUGAUUGUACGUCUACGAUUGUACGUCUAUGAUUGUACGUCUAUGAUUGUACGUCUAUGAUUGUACGUCUAUGAUUGUACGUCUACGAUUGUAGGUAUAUGAUUGUACGUCUAUGAUUGUACGUCUAUGAUUGUACGUCUAUGAUUGUACGUCUACGAUUGUAGGUCUAUGAUUGUACGUCUAUGAUUGUAGGUCUAUGAUUGUACUUCUAUGAUUUUAGGUCUAUGAUUGUAGGUCUAUGAUUGUACGUCUAUGAUUGUAGGUCUAUGAUUGUAGGUCUAUGAUUGUAAGUCUAUGAUUGUAGGUCUAUGAUUGUACGUCUAUCAUUGUAGGUCUAUCAUUGUAGGUCUAUUAUUGUAUUUCUAUGAUUGUACGUAUAUGAUUGUACGUCUGUGAUUGUAGGUCUAUGAUUGUAAGUCUAUGAUUGUAGGUCUAUGAUUGCAGGUCUAUGAUUGAACAUUAAAAUGGUAUAAAAUACCGACAGGUUGUUAUGUAAGACACAUAUGCAACAGUUAGGUAUCUUUAUUUCGAAACGUUUCGUCUACACAGUAGGCUUCAGUCGAGUACAGAAAAGUUGAUAGAAGCAGAAGAGACUUGAAGACGAUGUAAUCAGUCCAUCACCCUUAAAGUUGUGAGGUGGUCAGUCCCUCAGUCUGGAGAAGAGCAUUGUUCCAUAGUCUGAAACAAUAUGGAGUUGAAGUGACAGGAUGGAGCCUUAUAUAGCGCCAGGAGGUGAGACGUAGGUCACUAGCAGAACGCAGAUGUUGGGAGGUCAGGUCCCUCUCAGAUCCAGCCGUUCUCACUAGUAGAGGUUGUCGAAGUUGAUUUCAGGUCUGUACCAAGAUACCCUUGUGUAUACUGUGUAGGCGAAACGUUUCGAAAUAAAGAUACCUAACUGUUGCAUAUGUGUCUUACAUAACAACAGGUCUAUGAUUGUAUGUCUAUGAUUGUAGGUCUAUAAUUGUACGUCUAUGAAUGUAGGUCUCUGUAAGUCUGUGAUUGUAGGCUCCCUAGCAGUAUGAACCAGAAAAUGUAUGAUUGUUGAGAGGUAAUAAAGGGAUCAACAUAUUGUUGAGUGAUUGUAUUAUGUUUCUAUGUUCAUUUAUUUUUCAUGUUAAAAUUAACGAAUAUUAUAGAAACGUCAAUUUUGUCUUCAAAUCUUGCCUUACUAGGUUUGAAGCUUAUCUACUACACGAGGGUCAUUGAGGCUGCAUGUUACCUGGUCACCACCAGUCAAGAAUACCAGUGUAUAUACACCGAGGGAUAUACACCUCUCAUUGUAUAUACACAGAAAUAUAAGCCUCUAGAUUUAUAUACACAGAUGUAAAUACUGUUAUUUAUUAUUGAGGACGGGGGACUCGAACUGUGGUCCUUGUAUGUACCAUGACACAAGUUAUUGGAUGUACUUAACUAGUUGUGUCUGCAGGGGGUCGAGUCACAUAACUCCUGCUCGUAUUGUUUAGUAACCUGUCGUGUAGACUCUAAAAUGUUCUUUGAUUUAGCACGGAUCUCUUCAAAUUCAAAUUCAAAUGUGCAUUGCCUAAACAGGUUACAGAGGUUAUAAAUGUUAACAGAUAUGACGUCUUACCAUCAAUGCUGAAAAUAAUUUUUAUGAUUAAAUAUAUAAAAAAAAUCCAUAAA